AUGAUCAGCGAGCCCUUCAAAGUAAUCAUUGUCGGCGGCGGGCCUAGCGGUCUGACCGCCGCGUACGCCCUGUACCACGCUGGCAUCGACUUUGUGGUCCUCGAGAGGAGAGCAAAUGUCGUUGAGGACCUCGGAGCGAGUUUGGUCCUGGGCCCAGCGAGCUUGCGCGUUUUCCACCAGUUCGGUAUUCUCGACCAGCUUAUCCGUAUUGGCGGCAAGUUGUACGAAAACAAGGCCUUCGACAAAGAAGGACGAGUUUUCAAUCACGGGUCAGGUCCUCUCGCGUUUCAUAGAGCACAUCUCAUCCAGACCCUAUACGAUAACCUCCCGGAAGCUGCGAAGACGCGCUACUUGACGGGAAAGAAGCUCGCCGGCAUUAAAUCAACAGACACCGGCGCGGUAGUAGCCUGCGAAGAUGGGUCUUCUUACUCAGGUACCAUCGUUCUUGGCGCUGAUGGCGUCCAUUCGGCGACCCGUCGUCAGAUGCGCCAGCUCGCCAUUGCUGAAGACCCGACAUGCGAAGAGACCUGGGACGCUGUGAAACCAUACAAGACGAACUACCAGUGCAUUUGGGCAUCAUUUCCACGACCGACUGCGGCCGGCCAGAGCUACGAGACGCAGGAUACAGAUAGAUCAGUCAUGUACAUUACAGGUACGGACCGUGGAUGGAUUUUUCUCUAUGAGAAGCUUCCCAAGACGACAACCGAGCGAAUCGCUUUUUCCGACAAACAACUAGAAGAGUACGCCGAGAGAUUUGCCGAUUGGCACAUAACGGAGACGUUGAAAGUCAAAGAUGUUUUCAAGGAACGCUUCAAUGCUGGCGGCGCGGGCCUCGAGGAGGGUAUUUGUAGGAACUGGAGCUGGAAAGGCAGGGUCGUCAUUGUUGGCGAUGCCGCGCACAAGUUUACACCCAAUGCCGGGCUCGGCUUCAACAACGGCGUCCAAGAUGUUGUCACGGUCUGCAACAAGCUGCAAAAUUUCAUCUCGGAGACCAACGAAAAGACGGCAGGCACAGAGGCGGUGGACUUUGAGGCGUUGGAGCGCAUGUUUAAGGACUAUCGAGAAGAGAGACAGGAGCUGCUGGAGGCUGACCUGGUCGCUUCCGCUGAGAUGACGAGGAUGCACGCGUGGGCGUCUACAUGGGCUUGGUUCAUGUCGCGGUACGUCAUGUCUUGGGAAUUCGUUCAGAAACUAUUCAUCACAUACGUGGUGACGCCAAAGGUUCAAAAAUCGGCCGUUGUGGACUUCAUUUCGAAGCCGGAGCCAUUUGAAGGCACCUACAAAUGGCUGCAUCCGUUGCUGAAAAACAUCACAAACGGCCGCACUCUUUGA